AUGAGUAAAUAUAGCAAAAAUAAACCAUUGAGUGAAAAAGACCUGUAUGGAUUGAUAGAGGCUGGACUUUCUGAUGAGGAAGAGUUCUGUGAUGAAGAGACUGAUGAGAUAUUGACGUUUGAAGAUCUCCAGAGAGACGAGGGAAUUAUCGUGUAUUAUGUAAACGGCGAUGAACCUCUUGUUAAAACACCUCAAGGCACUGUACAAGGAUAUUAUAAAAACUCGUUUGGAGAAAGACAGUUCUUAGCUUUUGAAGGAAUUCCAUAUGCAAAACCACCUGUUGGUAAUUUAAGAUUCGCUGUAUCUGUUAUUGUUAAAUCUAAUUAUCCGGGACGUAUCUCUAUAAAGUGGUUCAGAGUGAUUUUAAAGAGUUCGAUAAACAAUUGA